AUGGAGAAAAUGGAGUUGAGAGAGGCUGGUGAUGGAGCUGCGGCGGGAGAAUGUGAUCGGUCUCCGAAGAAAUAUAGCUGGGCAGAAGUACGACAGGCAGUUCACGAUCUAAGAAAAGAAUUAUCGUCUUUGUCAACGAUGGUGCCAAUGGCAAUAUCAUUUAGGAAACUUAGCAAUGGAAAGACAAGGAUAUACUUUCUUAGAACCCCGCAGAACGGUUGGGAGAUCACCCUUUUGUACACUGAUAUUACACCUUCCCAACAGCCUAAUAAUGCAAGGUUAGAUUGGAAACCUUUAAUAGAAUCCAAUGUGGCCCUCGGUGUGUCAUCAGGCAAGUGGUCCAGAGAAGAACAAUUACUAUGGGAAAGACAAAGGGUCGCUGGAUGGGGCAUAGCAUCAUAUGAACUGCACCCUAAGACUGGGAGAGUGUUGUUUCCUUGUGCAUCAUCUUUAUUUGUAGCUGAAGAAGGGCCUAAUCAGUCACCUCCUCUAGUCCCCCGGGCCCUCAGCACAGGCUGGGGGGCCCCUCUCACCCCAGCAAUGUGUCCCUCCAGGCCCUCGCUGGUAGCGCACGCGGCGCGAGGAGAUAUCUGGCUAGCCGGUGAUACUCUCAAACGGCCGGCAAGAUUAACAUAUGCAUGUAAAGGACGAGAUGAGCGACUAGCAGACGACCCAUGCCAGGCCGGCGUGCCGUGUUACGUCACGCAGGAGGAGUUCUCUAGGUAUACGGGCUUCUGGUGGCAGCCUACGAGAGAUGACGACGUAUUUCGGAUAGUGUAUGAAGAAGUGGAUGAGAGUGAUGUGAAAAUAUUCAGCUUCCCAUCUUCUCAGAGUUCUAGUGGAGAAGUCGAAGAAUUUAGGUUUCCCCGAGCCGGCACACCGAAUGCGAAAUCGAUUUUAAAAUUAGUCACUUUCAAAUUACAAAAGGCCCCCGUCAACCAAACAGUGUUAGACUUUUAUCAGGAGGGUCAGUCGGGGCGUUCCUCACAACCACAAGAGUCGAGUGACUCAAUGGAAGUAACAGACAUAAGAUGGUAUGAAUUGAAGCAGUCGUUAAAGGAGACCUUCCAUUGGUUCGAGUACCUGGCGAGGGUUGGGUGGACACCGUGUGGCAAUUACGUGUGGGUCCAGCUGUUGGAUAGAAAGCAGCAGCGGCUAGAGCUGGCGCUGGUGCCGCGCAGCGCCUUCGCCCUGCGCGGGCGCUAUGCCCUCGCGCCCGAAGCUCUGCAGCCGCCGCUGGUGGGGGAGGAGGGGGGCAACGAGCACAUCCAAGUCCUGAUAUCGGAAGCUGCGCCCGACGCGUGGGUGAACGUGCACGAUAUCCUGCACUUCCUGCCCUCGUCUCCAGGGACCAUGACCUUCAUCUGGGCUUCCGAAGAGACCGGCCACCUGCACCUGUACCUGGUCACCUGCGCCAUGCCCGUGAAGAGGGCCACUUCGGUGAUGGACAUGAUAACUGAGGACGAGUCCAACGCGUUGGGGCCCGUCAUCAUCAGCAAGCACGCCAUCACCAGCGGGGAGUGGGAGGUCAUGGGGAGGAAGAUAUGGGUGGACGAAGCCAGAGGCCUAGUGUACUUCGUAGGGCUCCGCGAGACGCCCCUGGAACGCCACCUGUACGUGACGUCGUACAACCCGCCGACCGGAGAGCUCACACUGCUCACUACUGUGGGACACUCGCAUACUGUUGAUAUGGACGAGGAGUGCUCCACAGUAGUGGUCACGUCGUCUAACAUCAGCAGCCCGCCCAGCACGCGCGUGUUCCGCGUGCAGCACGCGCCCGCGCCCGCGCUGCUCCCGCACGGCACCCUCGUGGAGAGGGCGGCUUCAGAGUCGUCGGACACACGUUCGUUCAACGGUUCGUGGGACAGUCGGUCGGGGGACGGCGACGAGGACAACGACACGACUUUGCUCGUGAGAGAGCGGUCGCUGAGCGCCGGCGGCGGGGAGGUGCCGGCGCCGCAGAUCCUGUGCGCGCGGCUGGCGUGCGGCGCGCGCGCCUACUGCACGCUGUGGCGCUGCGCCGCGCGCGGCCGCCGCCCCACCGUGCUGCACGUGUACGGCGGGCCCGAGGUGCAGACCGUCACCAACAGCUACCGGGGUAUACGUCAGCUGCGCAUGCACAUGCUGGCGGCGCGGGGCUUCAACGUGGUGGCGGUAGACUCGCGGGGCUCCAAGCAUCGUGGACGCGCAUGGGAGGCCGCCAUCAAGAGCAAGAUGGGACAGGUCGAGCUGGAUGAUCAGGUAGAAGUAUUACAAUGGCUAGCGAAAGAGACCGGCUGUAUCGAUAUGGAUAGAGUUGCGAUACAUGGGUGGAGUUACGGUGGCUACCUAGCCCUCCUCGGUCUGGCGACGCGACCCAACACGUUCAAGGUGUGCGUGGCGGGCGCGCCCGUCACGUGCUGGCGGCUCUACGACACGGCGUACACGGAGCGCUACAUGGGGCUGCCGGCCGCCGCGCCGCACGCCUACAGCCGCGCCAGCGUACUCGCGCAUGCGCCUUUCUUCCCUGACAAAGAAGGCAGACUACUCAUAAUCCACGGCCUCGCGGACGAAAAUGUACACUUUUGCCAUACAGCCGCGCUGCUGUCCGAAUUGAUAAGGCUCGGGAAACCGCACAGAGUUCAGGUAUACCCCGGCGAGAGACACUCCCUGCGAGCGAUGCACGCGUCCAAGCACUACGAAGCCACAUUACUCCACUUCCUACACGAAAACCUA